UAACAGGAUGACCCAGUACAUGAUGGGACAGGAGACGUACACGCGUGCACUUACGCGCUACUUGAAUCGCCACGCUUAUGGUACGUACGCGAGGACAGAUGAUCUGUGGACGGCUCUAACUGAGCAAGCGGACGAGGAGGGCAUCACGGACACGCUGCUUGACGGCAGGGACAUGAAGACAAUCAUGGACACAUGGACGCUGCAGAACGGCUACCCUCUCAUCACCGUCACGAGAGACUAUGCCGCCGGCACCGUCUUAGCGACGCAGCAGAGGUUCCUGUUAGACGAGGUUGUCAGAUCUGCUCGCAUGGACGAACUAGAGUGA